UUAACUUAAUGAAAAUCUAUUGAGCUUCAAAUAUAGGCAAGGUAUUCUACAGAGAGUUAUGGAGGGAUAAAUCCUAAGAAUAAGGCAAGCAUACAGCGGACACCAGGACUCCAAGAUGGCGUCAGUCCUACCAGUGACGGACAAGAAACUUCUGGAGGUCAAACUGGGGGAGCUGCCAAGCUGGAUCUUGAUGCGGGACUUCAGCCCUAGUGGCAUUCUCGGAGCAUUUCGAAGAGGUUACUACCGGUACUACAACAAGUACAUUAACGUGAGGAAGGGGAGCAUCUCGGGGAUUACCAUGGUGCUGGCAUGCAACGUGCUCUUCAACUACUGCCUUUCCUACAAACAUCUCAAGCACGAGCGGCUCCGCAAAUACCACUGAAGGGGACACACUCUGCACCACCCCCUGACCCCAUGACCUUGGCCCCAGCCCCUCCGUGAGGAACACAAUCUCGAUCUUGCUGAAUCCUUUCAUGUCCUAAUGGGAAUUAACCUCCAAAUAAAAGAUGACUGGUACGUGUAAAAAAAAUAAAAUAAAAUAAAAAAUAA